CUUUCACCCUUUCUUAUACUAUACUUCUAUUUUUGCACCAACUUCUUCAUAUCAUAGUGUUACUAUUACCCAUCUUUACUAAGCACAAUGCCCCAUUACUAAUCACAAAAAAUGGUAUCAAUCUUGCCUCUGCUCUGCAAAUAACAAGUAGCUAAGGGAUUAAACUUCUCACUACACUUAACAUCAGAAUCUUCACCUAUAAUACCAAAUGGGUUCAGGAGAUUGGUUCCGGUCCUUAAUUUGCAUGAGUGGAGCCAAGGAAGAUAGGUCCAAAAAAGUUAAGAUGGGAGUGCAGGUACAUUCAAGUAGCAAAGGGGCUGAGGGUAGUGGUGAUGGAGAGGCAAAUGGAUCAGCUGAACAAAAAGCGGCUAUUCGUAUACAAACUGCUUUCCGAAGGUAUCUGGCAAAAAAGUCAGUGCGACGUCGUUUCAAAGGAGCUGUAAGAUUUAAUGUGUUGAUCCAAAGCAGUGACACUCAAAAGCAAGCUUCAAGCACAUUGAGUCAUAUACAUUCAUGGAGUUACAUACAAUCUCAAAUUAUGGCUCGUCGACAUCAUAUGGUCACAGAAGGUCGAAUUAUGCAAAAGAAAUUACAAAAUCAGUUAAAACUUGAGGCCAAGCUUCAAGAGAUAGAGGGAGAUUGGAAUGGGAGUUCUGAUACAAUGGAAGAAAUUAUGUGUCGGAUGCAGCAAAGAGAAGAAGCAGCAGUUAAGCGUGAGCGAGCAAUGGCUUAUGCCUUCUCUCAUCAGUGGAAAGCGAAUCCUACCCAGUAUCUAGGGCAAGCUUACUAUAGUAUUGGGAAGGAAAAUUGGGGUUGGAGCUGGAAGGAGCGUUGGGUUGCUGCUCGCCCGUGGGAAAUUCGGGUUCACACCAAGCAACCUAACAUGAAAGCAACGACACUCUUAAUCAAGCAUGCUUCAUCAAAUGGAAAAAACAGUGCUAAAACUAAAAAAUUAUCUGAUCCAACGAUCGAUCUUUAACAAAUAUGAUUGUUUUGUGAUGUGAUUUUCUUCACUUGACAAUGGUUUUGGUUUGGUAUGCAUUGUGUAAAAAUAAGGCAACACAGACUUGAUAUAAGAGUUGAUUUCGUUACCAUUAGUUAUUCUAAAUUACAUUCAAUUCAUCGUA